UAGUAACUGACUACUAUCCAGACCUAACAGCUGUCCAGACCUGCCGCUCCUCCGUCCGAACCUCCGCUCGGCGUGCCGUACUCCCGCGACCGCUCCUCGCGAAACCCCUCAUCUACCUCCACGAUGCUUGAGUUCCGCACUCAAGGCUUCAACGGUUACAGUGUCAAAUACAGUCCCUUUUUCGAUUCACGCAUAGCGGUUGCAUCGGCGGCAAACUUUGGGCUUGUGGGAAAUGGGAGGCUGUAUAUACUAGGAUUGACACCAAAUGGGAUUGUUGCCGAGAAAUGGUUCGACACACAAGACUGUCUCUACGACACGACGUGGUCAGAAGCACACGAGAACCAGAUUCUGGCCGCCUCGGGCGAUGGCAGUAUAAAGCUGUACGACAUUUCCCUCGACCAAUUCCCCAUUCAGUCCUGGUCCGAACAUGCCCGCGAGGUCUUCAGCGUGCACUGGAACCUUAUCGCCAAAGACACCUUCCUUUCCUCCUCUUGGGACGGCACAGUCAAGAUAUGGCGUCCUGAACUGCCCAACAGCGUCACCACACUACCCACGCAUUCAUGUACAUAUAGCGCACAAUUUAGCCCGCAUAGCCCGAGCGUGCUGAGUGCGGUGAGCUCAGACAGUCAUUUGCGGAUAUUCGAUCUGAGGACACCGGCGAGCGCCAGCAACCAUCUCACACUAAAGAUACCGAUUCAUGCGCCGCCGCGCCCGAAGAUGGGUCAGCCGAGUCCGAUGGGCGUACCUCCUUCCGAAGCUUUGACGCACGACUGGAAUAAAUACCGCGAUGGCAUUAUAGCGACCGCUGGUGUCGACCGGACGGUGCGAACGUUUGACGUCCGAGCGCCCGGUGCCGGCCCGAUGGCUGUACUUCCGGGACACGAGUACGCGGUGCGUAAAUUGACCUGGAGUCCGCAUCUCUCCGAUGUCUUGCUUAGUGCCAGUUACGACAUGACAUGUCGGGUGUGGACAGACGGUAGUGCUAUUGGCGCGCAGGGACCUAAUGAAACACCUGAUCCGAUGGCAUAUGGAGGAGGAAGAGAAAUGGGGAGAUUGAACAGACACACUGAAUUCGUGACUGGUGUUGACUGGUGUCUGUUUGGAGCAGAGGGAUGGGCUGCGAGCUGUGGCUGGGACGAACGACUGCUUGUCUGGGAUGUCAGACAGAUCAUGGCCCCAGGAGUUCAAAAAUUCUGAGAAUGGAAAGGAUUUCCACGGUGCUGGUGAAUGCAAUUCCCGGGAACUCGGAUGAGAGAGCCCUUCAUCCCACCAGGUCUCUACAUGGCUAUACAACCAGUCCCGCCUGUGGAAGUCGCAAAGCACACAGGACUCUGAAAUGUCGCUGAUCUACAAGGACUAUCAGCGCCGGACCUAGAAGUAAUGCCUAGCGCUCCGUUUUAAAGUAUCCGCCUGAGCGGCCUGGCUUAUCUC